AUUAAAAUGCUAAACGAAAACAAUAAAGUUAAAAUUUUACUAAUUCUACAGUUUAACUCAAAUCAACUUUUAUCGAAAAAAAAAGUUUUCAGCUAAAAAUCGCGCUCCGUUCGCCAGACACACUUAUUAUCCGAUAUCCUGUACUUGCACAUUUAUCAUAUCACGAUCUUAUACGCGACGUAUCUAUUACGAUCUCAUACUCAUUUCGGGAUGAGUGGGUAGGGACCGCAUAGCAGGCGUGUGUGUGGGGAUACGGACGGCCGCGCGCGAGACAAUAUAUACCUGGGCGAGGGCCUGGUGUUGCCGAACACCUGCUCCACACCGGGUCCGAGCGGACCUUUGUCCAAGGGCCGAUAUAAAACUCGUACACCGUUUCGGUCGCGCCAGUGGACUUUCGAGAGCCGGCCAAGCACACUGCGACAAUCCCCGCUCCGCAUGUGACUUUGCGACUCGACUGAACAAUCUCAUUGACACAAAUCGGAGAUAAAUCGCGUGCAAAUCACGUUCAUCAAUCGUGUUAAAUAAGGUGUCGUAAGAAUUUCUCAUUGAGAAAAUUCGAAGGAAUCUCGAUUUUGGGAAUAUUUUUCCAAUAUAAAAAAAUGCGACGGUUUAUAAAAUAUUAAAUCUGGAAAAAAAAGAAAAUUUAUUAAUUACCGAGUAAAGGCCGAGGAUCUGUGAGUGUAAAUGACGAAAUAACACACACACGGCAUUCGAGGACUUAUAAAAUAAAAAAAAACAUUCCCCGAAGGGGAAUAUAUAAAUUAAAAAAUAUAAAAGAGCCCGAGGAUCUUGACUGAAGAUAUUCAAGAGAUAUUUGAGGGAGAUGGCGAAUCUACUGUUGUUGUUAUCAGCGAUUAUCGCCACGAGCACGUUGAUUGCUGGCACGCGCGCGGACGAAGAUCUCAAUAGUACGAUUAAGCUACUGCAGGAGCAAGUGAGCGCACUGUUGGAUCAUCGACAGGAGGAUUAUAAUGCCUUGGAGGAGAGUUUGAAGCAGGCAAUGGAGAAGAACACGGAACUCAUCGUCCUUAGGAACGAAGUAAAACAACUGAGGAAGGAAGUGAAUGCUCUUCGCGGCGGAAGCGGCAACGAGGCGAAGAACGAGCGAUUGAGGGUGAGAUGGCUAGGCAGCGCCGUGACGGAGCUACAAAGCGAGGUCGCCGAGGUGCUCAGGACGCGGAACGCCAGCGAGGAGCUCGCCGAGCGCUCGAGGAUGAGGAGCGAGGUCGCCCUGUUGAGGGGCGACGUCGCCGAGGUCGGCAGGAGCAUACGCGAUCUCGGCGGGAGGAUCACCAAGAUCGAGGCCACCCUCGGCACCAUCAGGCUCGACAUCGCUGCGACCAAGGAACGCGCCAGCCUCCUGUCCCGCUCCUGCGCUGAUGUUAGCAGUCAGUUAAGCACGGUGCAGAUCGAGCUGAAGUCCUUGAAAUGCGAGUCCACGCUUCCUGAUCAACGGCAGGAUCCGCAGAAGCUGGAACAUCACAAUAAGGUCGACAUCUUUCGCAAUGAAGUGAGCGGAUCGCACGAGAUUGCAUCAGCUCGAAGACACAGCUAUUCUCGCGCCCUGGCACAUCGCGCUCAUUUCGAGGAACGUCUACGUAACGUUGAGCGGAAGAUCUCUGUGGUAGCGCGGAAGCGAGCGAUAGUGGAGAAGCGGGUGGUGUACGAGGACCGUGAGCGUCUCGAAGAACGGAUGAAAAGUCUUGAGCUGGCGCAAACGGAGCUCUCGAAGAGAGUAUCCAAUGCCAGUCGGGAUCUAGUAUCGAUGAACGAGCUGGAUGAGUCAGUAGUGCGACUGUACGACUCGGUUCGCCUACUCGAGGAAGCCGUUUAUACCAAUCGCUCCGAGGUGAAGCGAGAACUAGCGAGACUGGAAAUAAAUGCGGCGCGGAAGGCGGCCGAGUUGUCGCUGACUAGGGAAGAGCUUGGUAAUCUUCGGCGGGCAGUUCAGGCAUUGAGUGUGAGUGCGUCGCAGCUGCAGGAGAAGAGCGAUGUGCAACGGAAGAAUCUGGAUGCCUUGAACGAGACCCUUAGCCGACUGGACCUUUCUCGGAAUUUGGCCAAGGCGGUGAACGUCACGCACGAACUGGAACAAGUAGAGGAUCAGUACCGUCUCAUGGUAGAUUCCCUUCCGGGAAAUUGUGAGGAGCGCGACGGCUUGACUUUACUGGCACCUGGUUCCGGCGCACCUCUGCUGGCCUCCUGCCGCGCCGGCUGGAUUGUCGUGGCCCGCAGAAUUGAUGGCGCGGUUGACUUUGAUCGCACUUGGAACGAGUAUUCAGUUGGCUUCGGUUCACCAGUCAGUGAAUUUUGGAUCGGCAACGAGGCGUUGCAUCGGCUUACUCGCGACAACUGUAGCAGGCUGCAGAUCGACCUAACCGACACCUAUGGAGUGUAUUGGCGCGCCGAGUACGAGCACUUCACGGUAGACUCUGAGGAGACCGGUUACCGACUCCACGUAUCUGGUUAUUCGGGCAACGCGACCGACGCAUUGUCCUACCAAGAUGGCAUGGCAUUCAGCGCCAAAGAUCGUGAUAUGGACAUUAGUACGACCGACUGUGCGGCCAAUUAUCGAGGUGGAUGGUGGUUCAGUCACUGCCAGCAUGCUAAUCUCAAUGGUAGAUAUACCUUGGGCUUAACGUGGUUCCAAUCGACGACCAAUGAGUGGAUGGCAGUCGCAUCUUCCGAGAUGUCAGUGCAACGGAAGCAAAACUGUUGAUCUUGAAGCUAUUCGCAUUGACGAAAUGACGCUAAUUGAUGAACUCUAAAAAAAAAAAUUUGAGGUAGAGUCCGUUCUGUGUAAUUUAAAUCGUGCAUCUCGUACGUAAUCACAAGAACACUUGUAAUACCAAAGAGUUAAAUGUAAUUUAAAAACUUUAAUGUAAAUACAUUGUAUAAUUAUGCACAAAUAGAGUAAAUGUUGUAAACAUGCGAAGAAUUAUUGUAUAUUACUUAUUGUAUUUGUAUAGUAAUAAAAAGUCAUUGAAAGUCUACUAA